CCAUCGUUUGGAGAGGGGGGUACGGUCAGAGGGGAGAGGAGGGAACCACAGGGAUGACAUCAGGCCACACAGGGGGCAGAAGCACCCAUGGUGGAGGAGGAGGAGGAGGGGGGGGUGGUGGUGGUGGUGGGGGACUCUGGCUCCAGGGUUAGUGGGGUAAUGGGGGACUCUGGCUCCAGGGUUAGCGGGGUAGUGGGGGACUCUGGCUCCAGGGUUAGCGGGGUAGUGGGGGACUCUGGCUCCAGGGUUAGUGGGGUAAUGGGGGACUCUGGCUCCAGGGUUAGUGGGGUAAUGGGGGACUCUGGCUCCAGGGUUAGCGGGGUAGUGGGGGACUCUGGCUCCAGGGUUAGUGGGGUAAUGGGGGACUCUGGCUCCAGGGUUAGUGGGGUAAUGGGGGACUCUGGCUCCAGGGUUAGCGGGGUAGUGGGGGACUCUGGCUCCAGGGUUAGUGGGGUAAUGGGGGACUCUGGCUCCAGGGUUAGUGGGGUAAUGGGGGACUCUGGCUCCAGGGUUAGCGGGGUAGUGGGGGACUCUGGCUCCAGGGUUAGUGGGGUAGUGGGGGACUCUGGCUCCAGGGUUAGCGGGGUAGUGGGGGACUCUGGCUCCAGGGUUAGUGGGGUAAUGGGGGACUCUGGCUCCAGGGUUAGCGGGGUAGUGGGGGACUCUGGCUCUGGGGUUAGUGGGGUAGUGGGGGACUCUGGCUCCAGGGUUAGCGGGGUAGUGGGGGACUCUGGCUCCAGGGUUAGCGGGGUAGUGGGGGACUCUGGCUCCAGGGUUAGCGGGGUAGUGGGGGACUCUGGCUCCAGGGUUAGCGGGGUAAUGGGGGACUCUGGCUCCAGGGUUAGCGGGGUAGUGGGGGACUCUGGCUCCAGGGUUAGCGGGGUAGUGGGGGACUCUGGCUCCAGGGUUAGCGGGGUAAUGGGGGACUCUGGCUCCAGGGUUAGCGGGGUAGUGGGGCACUCUGGCACCAGGGUUAGCGGGGUAGUGGUGGUGGAGGUGUCUGGGUCCAGCAGUAGCGGGCGGACAGAGGAGUGGGUGGAUGGGCAGAGGUCCAGAGGGAUGGCUGAAUCCCUGGCCAUGGAGGUAGAUGUGGGGUUGGGGUCAGGCUCUGGGUUAGGGCACGGCAACAGAGGCAACUACGAAGAGGGAACAGGUGAAAUGAGAGACCACAGUGAAGGGGGACAUCUGCGACACAGAGGCUUUUUCCCGCCUAUCAAGACCAGGAUGGAGGAUUCAGUCAUGGAUGGUCUCACUUUGUCAUUCCAGCAAGGCUCUGCUAGAAAACCCUCUGGAAGGCUACAGGGCUCAAGUCACCACACCACGGCAGGUCUUGGGGCAACCCUGAGUGCAGGGGACUAUGAGGACAGGAGGAGGGAGUUUGAGGCCUGGCUACAGAAGGAGAACGAUACACUCUCAGGGAUUCUCAGCACAGAGGGAACACUGAGCACCAAAGAACUCAAGAUCAGGCAGAACACACUCAUGACCUUGCGGUCCAGUGUGGACUGGGGUCAGGAGCAGUUCCAGCUACUACUGAUGGCUUGGGCUGUAGCCGGGGCCAGGGCUGACCGUGGGGCUGAGGAUGUGGGUAUGGAGGAGAUACGUUAUCGCUGGAUGCUUUACAAGUCCAAACUGAAGGACGUUGGAGACCUCAAGGCCCUGCUGAAUGUCAAGGGUGCCAGUGCUGCUGGCCGAGAGGAACACACCAGGACAGCUAAGGAGAAGACUCCAGGCCUGCUGUACCGUGUGUGUCGGGUGGCCCUGCCCCUCUGGCUCCUGCUGUUGGCUCUGCUCCUCUUUGCCUUCUUCCUGCCCUGGAUGGACGAAGGCUCCAGCUGCUCUCUGUCCAACAACUUUGCCCGCUCCUUCAACAUCAUGCUCCGUUACCACGGACCUCCACCCACAUAGGAGAGGAGAUAUAGGAUUAUGAAGACCAUUGCUCUUCACCCUCAAUCCAUUCUGUGUGUGUGUGUGUGUGUGUGUGUGUGUGUGUGUGUGUGUGUGUCAGUUUGGGUCAGUGAGUGUGUGUCAGUGUGUGAAUGCGUUUCUGCUGUAUGUGUCAGUGUGUGGGUGGGUGACCUCAGCUGUUCUCACACAGUCAGGCCAAUUCAGCCCCUCUAUCACACAGGCUGGCAGCACUUCACAGAGAACAGCGCUCCACACUCCUAUUCACACUACCACAGUAACUAAUGGCCACCAAACACUUAGCAUAAUGUUGGAGUAGGGAGUGGAGAUAAUGUGGGAUAAGGAGGUGGAUUUUUAUUGCCUUUAUUUAAAGGGUGAAAUUAUGCUUACAUGGUCUUAAAAAAUAACUGAGUGUGAUCUAUCAUAUACCAAAAAUACCUAUCAUGGUUUGCUGCCAUUUUAAAGACUAGUGUGGAUAACACAUUUUUAAACUGCUUUUAACCCUCGCAAAUAACAUUAUGCUUUUUUUUUCUUGGAUGAGUGUAAGAUGUUUUUAAAGCUUUAUAUUUAACCUGUACAUAAUGCCUUUUGCAUAGAUUACCCUUAUCGAUUGUAGCACUGUGUUAAUGACAGCCUAGCACUUCAAUGAUCAGGAAUAGUAGACAUUCUAGAUGCAGGAUGUUCUCAUGUCCCCCAAAACACAAUAUCUAUUCUAUCAUGAGUCAACUGAAAUCUAACAGAUGCAUGAUAAAGCAAGUCAGUCAGUAAUGGUAUACAGGAUGUCCCACUUUUGACUGUCCAAAUACAUUGUACUUAUACUGUACUGUAGGUAUGCAUGUUUAAACAGUAUGCUUUCUUUUCUCAAGGUUCUAUGCUAUAUUUGAACACUUUCGUAAUGAUCCCUUGGCACAGUUAAACCGUUUGGUGAAUAUAGCAAUUAUAAAGCCUUGUACUAUGGCCCCUGACUUUUUCUUGGACCACAGAGUGUUCUAGAUGCUAAAUUUACUUUGUUUUUUAUAUGUAAUGUUCAGCAGGGCCCAGAUUAUAAGAUGGACAUAGCCGCUGUUAUGGGAGAGGGGCAUUUUUUUGAGCAAACUCUUAAAAUGACGCAAUGAACCUCUAAACCUUGACUUUUUCCUCUCUCACUCACUCACUCACUCACUCACUCACUCACUCACUCACUGAUCUUGCGGUCCAGUGUGGACUUCUGUCAUUCACUCACAUUUCUAUUUGUCCCUGUAAGUGUGUUUUACUGACCUAAGGUUUGCUAGGGAAAUGGAGACCAAAUCCAGUUAUUCUAUUAGUGUCCUAUCACACAUGGCUUUACGAGGUUAUAACCCACAAAUAGUUUGCCGAUGUUUUCAAUUUGAUUACAUUUGAACUGUUAGCUUUUGUUGGGAAUGGGGGUGAGCGUGUGUUAGUUCGACUGAAGCCUGUCUCGUCUCAGAAUGUUGAAGUAUAAUCUGUGUCUGUUCUCUGUCUGGGAAGGUCUCAGAGGGCUGUCUUCGUCUGUCAUUGUGAACGUUAAAUGACUGAACAACUUUAUUCUUAAGGAAAAAUAGAAGGAAAGUGCAUGCCGGCCCUACUUGUACAAAACUGUAUUGAAGGCAUACAUAGUAUUACAGUUGAGUGUAUGCUGGAUUUGAACUGAAUAUUUAUACCAGUCUACUGUUAUCUAUAAACAACUUAUGCAAUGCGCUUCUUCAAUAUAUUUAUUCAACAUAUCUAGCUCUUAGGAGGCUUUUAAAUAAAUGUUCAACUUAAAUACAAUAUAUAGCACAAAACAUCACCAUACUUAUACCACAGGGUGAUAUGCUGCAUUCUUUUGAGUAGCAAUGGCUACAGUGGGCCUACCUGCCAACUCUGCUUCUUGCACUGCUAUAUUGAGUAAGACACAUAUACAAUCGACACAGGUUCAAAUGCCUAGUCAGUCAUGAACUGUAUGUCUGUAGUCACACAUAAGGAACAUCCAUAUGGACUUUCACUUGAACCUAAAGAAGUGGUCCUCUUGAAAGGAUCUGGGAAUCAAGGAUAGGAGAAGGAUAGUGGUGGGGGAUGAAGGUCAGAGUUAGCCCGGUUGCCAGUCUUUAUAGCUAACAUUCCACUCCUUGACACGGAGUUGCCUUCAAGGAGUGGAAUGUUAGCUAAGCACACACUGGCAACAGGCUAGGUCGGAAUAUUAUAAUGUACCGUAGCAGAUUUAGGGUUGCAAAAUUUCGGUAACUUACAAUAUUCCCAGGUAUUCCCAAAAAAUUUGGAGGAUUAUGGAUUUCUUGCUUAUUCCUUACUGAUUCCGGCAAUCUACCAACUGGGAUUUCUGGAAAAUCUGGGAAUAUUUGGAAAGUUACUAGAAUUUUGCAACCCCUAAUUAGAUUCCUCUGCAGUGUGUUAUGGGCAGGAGUAGCUUUACUAAGUGCUCUGCUAAAUGUAUUCAAAAUGAAAUUAGCAUAGAUUGGAAUAGUGUGUUAUGCAAAUUAGUAUCUGCUUUACAAAAAUGAAAGGCUUUUAAACACACAUGCCGGCAGGAAUGAAGAUUCAAAGCUUUUGUAAAACAUUAAAAUAUUAUACUCUAUUUUGUUACUAUAUUUUGAAAUGAACAAAAUGCUUAAUGUUACAACACAGAGCUUUUAUUUAACCAAUAUUUUUGUAUUGUACUCAAACUGGCAAUAAAUAUGCAAUGUGUAUACCUGA